GUAGGUGAACGUUCGUAAAAUAUAUAAGUGCAUGAUAUCGCAUAAAAAGUUUUAAAUUGGAGUGUGUAAUAAUCUUAAACACAAAAUGAUUAUAACCGCAAAACUUGUGGCUAUCAUUUUGGGGUUGGCUUUAACGGCCUUUACAGUGUCAACAAUUGUUUUGGCGGUACAAAAAUCUAACCUCCAGGAUGAAUUGAAUGAAGCAAAGGAGAAGUUAGAUAUGCUCGAACAAGCUGCGCAGUCAACCUCUACGAGUACAACUACAACUACAACAACAGUGAAUACACCCACAGAUGGCCCCACAACAUCAGUGGCAACGACUACUACUGAAGCACCUGAAAAUGUAAACUCAAAGUCAUAAACAUUCCUAUCCAAUUCACUUUAAUUUUUUUUAAAAUUUAAGAUUAACUACCGUUUGCCGAGUACAAUGUAUCCUACAAAUUAUGAUAUUUACUUAAACCCAGAUCUAGGGAAGUUUAAUUUCACUGGCCAGGAAUUAAUUACAAUUACAAUCACACAGAAGACUGACCAAAUAAUACUGCAUUCACUUAAUUUAGCGAUUCAAAGUGUUUACUUGACGGGCGCUGGUAGCAGUACUAUCUACGUGAAGAACUUUUAUUUGGAUCCAGUAAGAGAGUUCCUUGUUAUAGAACUAAGUGAAACUUUAUCAGUCGGUCGAGUGUUUCGCUUGGGCAUUAUUUUUGAGGGCGAAAUGUUGAAUAAAAUUGUUGGUUUGUAUAGUUCAUCAUACUCGAAGGAGGAUGGUAGUAGAAGAACCAUUGCAACAUCGAAAUUCGAACCUACCUAUGCGCGCCAAGCUUUUCCAUGUUUUGAUGAGCCAGCAAUGAAAGCAACUUUUGAAAUUACUUUAGUGCAUCCAAGUGAUAAUGGUUACCAUGCACUGUCCAACAUGGAUAUUGCGCAGGAAUUGAAUCAAGGACUCUAUAAAGAGGUCUAUUUCAAGAAGAGCGUUGCUAUGAGCACAUAUUUAGCUUGUUUCAUUAUAUCUGAUUUUGCUCAUAAGAGCGAUUCCAUUGAGACACAUGGCAUUGGCGACCCGUUUGAGUUGCGUGUGUUUGCUACCCCCCAACAAAUCAAUAAAGUAGACUUUGCGUUAGAUGUGGGUAAAGCCGUGAUUGAAUAUUAUAUUGACUACUUCCAAAUUGAAUACCCGCUACCAAAAUUAGAUAUGGCAGCUAUUCCAGAUUUUGUUUCGGGUGCGAUGGAACAUUGGGGGUUAGUAACUUACCGGGAAACUUCGUUACUCUACGAUGAAACAGUGAGCUCUUCAGCGAAUAUGCAAAGAGUCGCUAGUGUCAUUGCCCAUGAGUUCGCACAUAUGUGGUUUGGUAAUUUAGUUACUAUGAAUUGGUGGAACGAUUUAUGGUUAAAUGAAGGUUUUGCCAGUUAUAUUGAAAACAAAGGCGUUAAUGCAAAAUUCCCGGAGUGGAAUAUGUUAGAUCAGUUUAUUAUUGGAACCUUGCAUGGUGUGUUGAGUUUGGAUGCCACACUGGGUUCUCAUCCCAUUAUACAAGUGGUUGAGAACCCCGAUCAAAUCACUGAAAUAUUUGAUACAAUUACGUAUUCGAAAGGUUCUUCUAUUAUUCGUAUGUUAGAAGGUUUUCUUGGUCCUGCUAUUUUUCAACAAGGUGUUACAAACUACUUAAAUAAAUACAAGUUCGCUAAUGCUGAAACCAAGGAUUUUGUGACUGAAGUAAAUAACUUAGUGGAUUAUAAUGUGGAGGAUAUAAUGCGUACCUGGACCGAACAAAUGGGUUUUCCAGUUGUGAAAGUCACACAAACCUCACCCACUGAAUUGAAAUUGAAACAAGAGCGCUUCUUUUCUAAUCCGGAUGAUUACAAUGGGUCUUACGAUGAUUCGCCUUUUAAUUACACCUGGUCUAUUCCAAUUACAUACAAGACUAGCAGUGCAGCAGAAUCGGUGUUAGUAUGGUUCAAUUACGACCAAGAAGAAAUAACGAUUCAGCUGCCAAGUGCUGUCAAUUGGGUAAAGCUUAAUAGCGAUCAAAUAGGUUACUACCGCGUAAAUUAUGAAACCGCAAUGUGGGAUAACUUGGCCAAUCAGCUGGUUAAUGAUCCAACUGUCUUUACUAUUGGUGAUCGUGCCUGUUUAUUGAAUGACGCAUUCGCAUUAGCGGAUUCAACACAACUUCCUUAUGACGUUGCUUUGGAUAUGACAAAGUAUUUGAGCAAGGAGGCAGAUUAUGUACCAUGGAGUGUUGCUGCUAGCAAAUUGACAUCCCUAAAACGUACACUUAUGUUUACGGAUGUUUAUUUGGACUAUAUCGAUUAUGCCAGAGAACUUAUAGAACCCAUAUACGAAAGCGUUACAUGGACAGUAGGAACGGAUCAUUUGAAAAAUCGUUUACGAGUUACGGUGCUGAGUGCUGCCUGUUCACUUGGCUUGAAAUCUUGUUUGACGGAAGUUUCCAAUGAAUUCAAUGAUUGGCUUGCUAAUGAUGCUCAACGUCCCAAGCCAGAUGUGCGUGAAAUUAUUUAUUUUUACGGAAUGAUGGAAGAAGGCAAUGAACAAACCUGGGAACAGAUAUGGGAGUUGUUUAUAACUGAAACUGAUGCUAGUGAAAAAUCAAAACUUAUGUACGGUCUUAGUGCAGUCCAGGUUCCAUGGAUAUUAAGCCGGUAUAUUGAUUUGGCCUGGAAUGAGAACUACGUACGCAGUCAGGACUAUUUCACUUGUCUACAGUAUAUAGCUGCUAAUCCGAUUGGAGAGCCAAUAGUGUGGGAAUAUGUACGUGAAAAUUGGCCUAAAUUGGUUGAUCGAUUUGGGUUAAACGAGCGGUAUUUGGGUAAUCUGAUACCAUCGAUAACAGCACGUUUUUCAACUCAAACGAAAUUAGAAGAAAUGGAAUAUUUCUUUGCUAAAUAUCCAGAAGCAGGCGCAGGCACAGCUGCACGAGUGCGAGCUUUGGAAACCGUCAAAAACAACAUAGUAUGGUUAGAAAAUAAUCGCGAUAAGGUUGCGAAUUGGUUGGAGGAUCAAAAGAAGCACGUACAAAUUUCAUACUUAUGCAAAAUAGGGGCUACCAAACUACAAACCGCCCUUUGCUGGGGGAUCGUGGCUUUUGCGGUAGCUACCAUUGUGCUCGCGAUACAAAAUGCAAAAAUCAAUGCGGAUUUGAAAGAUGUGAAAGAGAAACUCGACUACUUGGAGUCGCGACUGGAAGGCGAAGUACAUCCCCGAAGUGUUCGUGCACUACUGUCGAAUGAUGAUACCGAAGAGAUAGAUUACAGAUUGCCAUUAAGUCUUGCUCCAACACAUUAUGAUUUGUAUUUGCAUCCCGAUAUUGAAAAUGAAAUAUUUACGGGUCAGGAACUCAUUGACGUCACAGUUUAUGAAAACACAAAGCAAAUAAUUCUGCACUCUUUAAAUUUAAACAUACAAAAUGUUUACGUUACGAGGUCUGGAAACACUUUGGAGAUUGAAAGCUAUUACCUUGAAACCAAAAGGGAGUUUCUUAUAGUUAAUAUGGAAGAGGAUCUACUACAAGGAAUGAAAAUAAAAAUCGGCAUCUUAUUUGCGGGGGAAAUGAAAAAUAAGAUUGUUGGCCUGUAUAGCAGCACGUAUCUCACCGAAACUGAAGAACGCAGAGCUAUUGCUACAUCGAAAUUUGAACCCACAUAUGCACGUCAAGCAUUUCCGUGCUUUGAUGAGCCUGCUAUGAAGGCAACUUUUGAAAUCGUUUUGGUACGCCCAACUGAAGAUGGAUAUCAUGCGCUUUCCAACAUGAACGAACUGAAAUCUGUAGCCAUGGGAAAAUAUACCGAAACUUAUUUUGCAAAAAGCGUUGCGAUGAGCACUUAUGUUGCUUGUUUUAUUGUUUCUGAUUUUGCGCACAAAACUGAAAGAAUCGAUACGAAAGGAGUUGGAGACAAUUUCGAUAUCCGUGUUUUUGCCACAGCUCAUCAAUUGAACAAAGUAGACUUUGCUCUGACCACUGCUGUGGCCAUCACAGAAUUCUACAUCAGCUAUUUCAAAGUUCCAUAUCCACUUCCUAAGUUGGAUAUGGCAGCCAUUCCAGAUUUUGUUUCAAACGCCAUGGAACAUUGGGGACUAGUGACUUAUCGUGAAACUGCACUUUUAUAUGACAGCAGUUACAGUUCAACUUGGAAUAAGCAGCGAGUUGCAGUUGUUGUCGCCCAUGAAUUAGCACAUAUGUGGUUUGGUAACUUAGUUACUAUGAUGUGGUGGAAUGAUUUAUGGCUAAAUGAGGGUUUUGCAAGAUAUAUGGAAUACAAGGGAGUUAAUGAAGUAUACCCCGAAUGGGGAAUGCUCAAUCAAUUCUUGAUACAUGCUCUACAUAGUGUAAUGGCUUACGAUUCUUCAGUAGCUUCUCAUCCUAUUAUACAAACUGUAGAGACUCCAGAUCAGAUUACAGAGAUAUUUGAUACAAUUAGUUAUGAAAAAGGAGCUUCUGUAAUACGUAUGUUAGAGGAUGUUACAGGAGAGAAGUUCGAAGCAGCUGUUACUAGUUACCUAACACAUUUUAAAUUUCUUAAUGCAAUCACGGGCGAUUUUAUAAGAGAACUUGAGUUACAGGAAUUGGAUUUUGAUGUGGAACUUUUUAUGCGCACGUGGACAGAGCAGAUGGGUUUUCCGGUUGUUGAAGUUAUUCGUACCACAUCCACCACAUUCAGACUAACACAAAAGAGGUUUUUCAGUAACAUUGAGGAUUAUAAUGCAAUUUACAAUGACUCAGUUUUUAACUACACAUGGAGCAUACCUCUUACAUAUUAUACUGAUCUCGACUCAAGUACUAUUGAACGUAGAUGGUUCAACCACGAUGAGUCUAUUGUGGAAAUAAUGGUUGAUCCAGAAAUAAAGUGGAUUAAGAUAAAUGUAAAUCAAGUGGGCUUUUACCGUGUCAACUACGCUGACAAUACUUGGCAUGAAAUAAUUGCACAUUUGACUGCCACACCAGAGACGUUUAGCAUUGCGGAUCGUGCACAUUUACUAAAUGAUGUUUUUGCUUUAGCUGAUGCCAAUCAAUUGAGUUACGAUAUUGCAUUGGACAUGACUAAAUAUUUGGAAAAGGAAAACGAUUUUGUGCCAUGGUAUGUGGCGGCAACAAAGCUUCAAUCUUUGCAGGUAAGCUUAAGAUAUACUGAUGCGUAUAUCGAUUACUUGGCGUAUGCUCGAAAUUUGUUGGAUAAAAUCUAUUCACAAGUUACUUGGGAAGUAAAAGAGGAAGACCACUUAAAUAAUCGUUUACGUGUAAGCGUGUUGACUGCCGCUUGUUCGCUUGGUGUGCCAGAUUGUCUCAACGAAGCCGCUACCAGAUUCACCAGUUGGCUCGCAAUACCUGAAGAUAAACCUCAUCCAGACUUACGUGAGAUUGUGUACUAUUAUGGUAUGCAGCAAAUAGGAAAACAGGAACAUUGGGACAAAAUGUUGGUGAUAUAUUUGAAAGAGCAAGACGCUAGUGAGAAGAUCAAAUUGAUGUAUGGUCUGUCAGCAGUACGCAUACCUUGGCUACUAUACAGCUUUAUUGAAUUAGCCGAACAGGAAAAAUAUGUACGACGGCAAGAUUAUUUCACAUGUCUACAGAAUAUCGCUACAAAUCCAAUCGGCACACCUAUAGUAUGGGAGUUCGUACGUGAAAAUUGGUCAAAGCUAGUUGAUCGUUUUGGUUUAAAUGAGAGAUAUCUUGGUCGUAUGAUACCAUCUAUCACACAAACUUUCGACACUGAAACCAAAUUAGAAGAAAUGUCAGAGUUCUUCAAUAAAUAUCCUGAAGCUGGUGCGGGUGCAGCGUCGCGUAAACAAGCUUUGGAGACUGUCAAAUAUAACAUAAAAUGGUUGGCAGAAAAUAAAGAUAAGGUGGCAACAUGGCUAAAUUCUCAAAGAUAAUUACGUACUAAUAAAAAUAUUUUGUGAAAUUAAAAUACAAAACCAGAACAGUAAUAAAUCUGUAUAAUAAGACGACAACGAUUGUGUUUGAUAAAAGUCACUAAUUGUACUAUUUUGGCAAUAAAUUUUAUUUGA